AUGUAUAGAGGUAGAAACGCCGCCUUGAACAAUAGGAGCAAACACGAAUCUGCAAAAUACUAUGAUGAAAAAAACGCUCAGGGAGACAAGGGCAUGCACGUAAACAUCUCUUAUCAUGUUAGAAAAUUAUUUAGUUAUUGCGACGCCGACAUACUAAGGAUAGAACACAACUUAAUAAUAUAUAACAGUUUAAUAGAGAAUAUAAAAAAAAAUGCGAAUAAAAUUGUAAAAAAAGAGGUGGAAAAAAUAAUCAGGGAAAAGGAAAAAAAUGAUAAUUAUUCUCUAGCAGAAAUGAAGGAAGAAGAAUAUAAGAUAAGCAACUUUGACUUGAAAAAAGUUGAAUUGGACUUCAAAUUCAUCGAAUGUAGUCUAUGCUUCGAGUUAAUAAAAUUUGUGUGCAUACAAGAAUGCAACCAUACUUAUUGCUUUCUAUGUUUUUAUCGUCUCCUGUACAUGCAAAAAAAGGAGAAGGAUGAGAAUGAGGAGAAUAACAGAGGGGCCAAUGCCCCUCGUUACAACACCACCAGUAGCAAUAGUGCGUACACAAAUUAUGUAAAUAAUCGUAAUCGUGUAGGAAAUAGAAAUAACUAUGGGUACCCCGAUGAGUAUGGAGGCAGGAGGGGAGGCGCAAGUGGAAUAGGAGGAGGAGGAUCAUUUGUCGAUAUGACCAGACCGACGAGUGACCAACGAAGGGAUGGAAAGGAAGAGAAAUAUAACUAUGAAUUUGAUAAGGAUACAAUGAAAUGCCCAUUCUGUAAAGAAAGAAAUGGGUACAUAUUUUUUUGUUUAAAUAAUUUCUAUACGUAUUUUACUUAUGACAAUUUAUUGCACACUCUGCUUGAAAAGGAAGACCACGAGCGGUGCGUCAGUUACGAAUCAUCUCAGUUUGGGGAGCUGAAUGGAAGUAGCUAUCACAAAAGGGAGGACCUCACAGGGAAAUGUGCACAGGGAGGCUCCACCCCCUUGACUGAGUCCUCACGUAGUAUUAUUUCAAUCAACAGGGCCACUCUAUGUGCACAGGAAAAGGUGGAAGAAGAAGAAUUUAGGGGGGAACCCCCCGCAGUGAAUCUAGGCCAACCUCCCCCAAAGGUGGGUAGCCAAAAGGGAAUGAAUUCAUUUUCUGUUACAGAAAAAGGAAUUGAUGGAUACCUCCCCAGUAAAGAACAAAUAAGCUCUAUGAGCAAAAGUGAUAUCAAGAAGGUGUUUUCAUCUCCCUAUGAUGACGUGAUAAUUUUACGAAAUAUUUUAAAAAAAAACGACGACAAUAAUGCUAAUGAAGGAAAUAGCAGCGCAGUCAAAAAAGGUGAAAACAUGUAUUUGUUUUUUUAUUACGAUAAGUAUAUUAAAAGGAAAAGAGAAAAAAUAAGAUACCUCUUAAACGGAGGAGUGAACACAGAAAAGAAGUAUGCAUUAUAUGGAAAAAUAUUUGUAGACACAGAAAGGAAAGUGUUCUUCGAAUAUUUUUACAUUUACAGUUUGUCAACCCUGUUGACAAGUUACGUCUGUCUGCUUUCCCCCUGUAUCGACUACUGGACCCAAAUCCUAAGUAAAAAGGUCGAAAAAUUUAAACAAAAUCAUGGUACAGAUAAGUACUUUGAAACCAUUUACGUAAAAAACGAAAGAGAAAUUUUGCGAAAAAAAAACGACUCCAUAUAUGAUAAGUAUCAACAAUAUGGAAGCAAAUUAUUUCGCAUAAAAGAUGAAGAAUCUGUUUUGUCUGAUGACUAUUUUCGAGCUGUAGAUCUGUUUACCAAGACUUGCUUUACCAAUUUGGAUAACAUAAAUAAUAUUAAUUCUUUGAAAAAUUAUUGCCACAGGAAAUUAAACGACUUGUGCAGACACAUGAAUGAACAUGGAAAGACUUAUUGUGAUAUCUGCGUUGGCAACAGCGAUAAUAUAUUCCUUUUCGAGUAUAAUAUAUUUUUUAAAAGGUUUAUAAAAAUGCACGUUGAAAAUGGGGAGAAAAUUGGGGAGAAUAAAUUUAAAAUAAGGCACAUUUAUUGCCACUUCUGUGGGUUCUACCUCUACGAUUUUGAUACGUUCAUGAAUCACAUUAACAAGUACCACUUUUUCUGCAAAUUCUGCUUUAAUAAGAGGCCCAGUGAUAGCAAGGAAGCGCCCAAGGGAGACUUGGAGGAAGAUGUGGUCUACUAUGAUCAGCUGCACACUCAUGUCUAUAGGGACUACGAGAAUCUGUUCGAGCACUACAAGAAGAAGCAUCACCCAUGCCUAUACGAGCAGUGCAUCUUCGUCGUCUUUGACAAUAAGAUCGAUUUGUGCUUCCACCUUGCGGAGAAGCACGAGGAGAAGGGAAACCACAAGAGGAAUAAGAUAACUUUUUCCAUUGCAGGGGCUUCGUACAACGAGAUAAGAAGUAGUGCGCAUAACGGGACAAGUGGUUACAACGCGGGGGCAAGCAGUUACAACACAGGCGCGAGCAGUUACAACGCAGGGGCGAGCAGCCUCCACAACCAACGCCUCGACGAAGAAGACCUGGCCGCAGGGAGCCAGGAACCUUUUGACGUAAACAGACACAAGUGCAUAUACAACUUUAAAAAUUUCCAUGACGCAUGGUACUUUGACUACUUCAUCGAAUGUAAAGUGAAGGAUUUUUUAAAUUACUUUGGAAGCAGUGAAAAAAUAUUUUUCCUGUACAUGGCCAAAAGAGAUAUGGAGAUUAUUUUGAAAAUAUUUGAAACACUGUCCAGUAAAAAAUCAGAAUUGUAUUUUACGCAGGAGGAGAUAGUACAACUGAACAAGACGAUAAUUGAAGAGGAUUUUCCCGAGGAUCGAAACAACUUUUUUCAUUUUAAAAUAUUUUUUGAUUAUAUAGUGGAAAAAAUAGAUUACUUAUCUUAUAAUAAGGAAGACUUGGAAAAGAAUUAUCUGUACCUCUUUUUUAACAUCAUAAUUAAUAGAUCUUUCAUUUUGUAUUAUUCUUUUUUUUAUCUCUUCUUGAAGUCGAAGCACGUGCGCCUUGAGAAGGUGAUUGAAUUUGUAAGCACCACGGCGAUGCCUAUUCCUAGUGGUGGGCGUAGUUCUAGGGGGGGCACGAAUAGCGGAACCAAGGACUACCCCGGUAACAGUGUGAAUAUGGACAAAACGAAGCAAAUUUACCAUUGCUCGCAUGAAAUGACGCAAGUGAAGAAGCGGAUAGAGGCGGAAGCGAGUUGUGGGCCCAUCGAACUGAGCAAAUACGGGUUCUUAUAUUUGGUCUUUUUAUUUUUUAAAGUUGAAAAGCAUGGAUUUGAUAAGGUGUUCUCCCUAGUGCGGAAUAUUUCACACUUGUGUAGCCAGACGUACAGUCAGGUGGAGAAAGGAACAAAGAAAGGGGACACAUUAUCCGGACGGGAUGCCUACAGUGGGGGAACCUCCAAGUCCAGUACGUUAAUAAAUAAUUCAUGUGUUGCCAAUAAAAGUAAUAAGAGCGUCAACAGUAACAACAGUAGUAACAUUCUAAUAGCGUUGUCUACAAGCCGAGGUGACAAGGCAAAGGGAGAGGUGCGAAAUGGGAAUACCUUGCUAGGUGCAAUUAACAUGAGAAGUAGCAACGAAUUGAGCAACCUGGAAGAUAUCAGCCAAUUAAUUAAAAAGACCAUGAAGAAGAAAAACCCCAAUAACAACAUAAUAAAUAAUCUGUAUGAUAAAAAAUGGGAUAUUUGUAAAAAAGUGGUUCUGGAUUUGUUGUACUAUAUAGAACCCAAUUUAAAUUUAGUUUCCUUCUUUUACCUUUUUCUGAGUAACUACUUUUCAGCUUACAUGAAAGACCCCUGUAUAAAUAAAUUUAUUAACAUCUCUAGUGAAAAUAAGAAGAAAAUUAUUAAAAGAAUUUCCAACGAAGUCGAUUUGAAUUCUCUGACAAGCAUAUCGAAAAAUCUGAGUUCCUUUGUCAAUGCGAAAGCUCUGGAGGAGUGCUUGUCCACAGGCCCGGAAUACUAUCGAAUUAGGAAAGAAAUAAAAGUUAUUCUACGAAAAAUGCGCAGCGAGCAGACUGACAAGGGGGACCAUCAGUACCAUCGAGACAAGCUAUCACAGGACGAAAGAAAACAACACAUCAGAAUCAUUGAAGAUAGCAGAUUGAGUGCAAACCUUUACGACGUUUCCCUUUCACUUAGAAACCGAUUUCUAAAUAUAAUAAAAAGUACCAAGGUGAAUGAGCUGUACUGUAUUUAUUUCUACGUGAGCAGCUUAGUGUCUUCCACCACCCCAAGUAGCUCGCCCAAAGCGGGGGAGGAGGAGUUUCCCACGCUAAAGGACAAAUCCGAAUGGGUGAGCGAUCGAGGUGGGAUUGGCGGGAUAGGUACCAGUGCUAGCCAUAGCAGCCUCACCAGGGCAGGUAACAUGUCCAAGAAUGGUACAAUGAACAAUGCAAAUAUGAUUGGUAAAAGCAAAGCAACUGGACGAAAUAAUGCUUCUCUAUCAUCCAUGUCAUACAAAAAUAAGGUUGAUAAAAACAAAGAGAUAUUUUCAAACUCCACCAGAUUAAAUCUCGACUUGGAGUUCCCUUCGUUACCAGAAAAGAAGCAAGAAGAGAUAGUUCAGGCACCACAAAAAAGUAGUACUUCGAAGAAGAACAGAACGAAGGAAAACGCCUCAUCCAUUAACAGUGCCAUGGCGACAGGGAAAGCUAUAAACAGUCACAUGCUAACCAACACUUUGAAAAACAAAAAAGAAGCUGAAUCGAACUCCACUGCCCAAAAUAAAAACAGGAAUAGUGGUGGUACGCCAGAUUUUAAUUUUGCAAAUUAUCCCCUACUAGCUGGACUGAAUGUAGAUUCUAACUCAGGCAAAAAAGGGAAAAGCAAAAGUGGGGACACUAGGGAAGGGGCAGAGAAAGACAAGAAGUCGAAGUCCACAUCGAAGGAAAAGAAAAGUACAGCUAAAAGUAAAAGUAAAAGUAAUAAGAGUGAUGAUAUUUUAAAAACCUUUAGUUCUCAUGAAUUUCCAUCCCUGAUUCCCUUAUCAUCCACCGUGGAUAACCAGAAAAAAAAAAGCAACCAAAGCAGUAGUAAUAUUGCCAGUGUAAAUAAUAUGAACAGUAAAACCAAGUCGGAAAAACAAAAGAAAAAAAACGAAAAUAAGAACAUCGAUAAUCAGUUCUAUCAUCCAACGCUCUCUCUCAACAACAUGUCGUACUUAAACGUACCUGAAAGUAACGUCAGCUACACCGUUAAGAAGAAAAAUAAGUUAAAGAGAUGCAAUAUGUGCACGUAUGAAAAUACACCCGAACGGACGAGGUGCGAACUGUGCGAAAGCCCCUUGUGA